GCGAAGCGGCCUCCCACGCCGAAUCGCGCAUCUGCGCAGUUGCUGUUAUUGUGACUGUCGGGCCACGGCCCCGGAUGUUGUGGCUGCCGGGGGGAGAUGGCGGAGGCCGAAGGGGUGGCGGCGACCCCAGGCCCGGCUUCGGGGUCGACUUUCAGGAGCCGCCGAGAUGUGUCAGGCUCCUGGGAGCGGGACCAGCAGGUUGAGGCGGCGCAGCGGGCCCUGGUCGAGGUGCUGGGGCCUUACGAGCCUCUACUGAGUCGGGUGCAGGCAGCCCUGGUGUGGGAGCGGCCAGCCAGGAGCGCCCUGUGGUGCCUGGGGCUGAACGCGGCUUUCUGGUUCUUUGCCCUGACAUCCCUUCGUCUUGUGUUUUUACUUGCAUUUGGCUUGAUGAUCAUUGUGUGUAUUGAUCAAUGGAAGAACAAAAUCUGGCCUGAAAUAAAAGUGCCAAGACCCGACGCAUUAGACAAUGAGAGCUGGGGCUUUGUGCACCCUCGGUUGCUCAGCGUGCCCGAGCUCUGCCACCAUGUAGCUGAAGUCUGGGUUAGUGGGACCAUUUUCAUAAGGAAUGUUUUGCUUUUCAAAAAGCAAAACCCAGGCAAGUUCUGCUUGCUGAGCUGUGGGAUACUGACCUUUUUGGCUGUCUUGGGCCGCUAUGUCCCUGGGCUUCUGCUCUCCUACUUCAUGCUUGUCACUGUCAUGAUGUGGCCCCUUGCUGUGUACCACCGACUGUGGGAUCGAGCAUAUGUGCGGCUGAAGCCAGCUCUGCAGCGGCUGGACUUCAGUGUCCGUGGCUACAUGAUGUCCAAGCAGAGAGAGAGACAAUUACGCCGCAGAGCUCUCCACCCAGAACGAGCCAUGGACAACCACAGUGACAGCGAAGAGGAGCUUGCUGCCUUCUGUCCUCAGCUGGACGAUUCUACUGUUGCCAGGGAAUUGGCCAUCACAGACUCUGAGCACUCAGAUGCUGAAGUCUCCUGUACAGACAAUGGCACAUUCAAUCUUUCAAGGGGCCAAACACCUCUAACGGAAGGUUCUGAAGACCUAGAUGGUCACAGUGAUCCAGAGGAAUCCUUUGCGAGAGACCUUCCAGACUUCCCUUCCAUUAAUGUGGAUCCUGCUGGCCUGGAUGAUGAGGACGACACUAGCAUUGGCAUGCCCAGCUUGAUGUACCGUUCCCCGCCAGGGGCUGAGGAGCCCCAGGCCCCACCUGCCAGCCGGGACGAGGCUGCGCUGCCAGAGCUCCUGCUUGGUGCUCUGCCUGUAGGAUCCAACCUCACCAGCAACCUUGCCAGCCUGGUCUCCCAGAGUAUGAUUCAGCUGGCCUUGUCAGGGGCCUCCCAACCAGGCCCUUCUGGCGCACCUGCCCAGAGAGCAACAAGAGGCUUCCUCCGGUCCCCCAGUUCAGACCUGGACACUGAUGCUGAGGGGGAUGACUUUGAACUUCUGGACCAGUCAGAGCUGAAUCAGCUGGACCCUGCCAGUUCUAGGAGCCACUGAGGCAGAGACUCCUUUUGGGAGUCACUGUGGUUUAGGUUUUUUUUCUCCCCAUCCCACUUAAGGUGAUGGGGCAAGAGAAGAACUCAGCUCCCCUCCCCUGAAUUAUAUUUGUAUGCUGCGUGGCCUGGCUGAUGUUCAGAGGCCUGCUUAGAGAGGACACUUACUCCCCUCCCACCAGCUGGAUACCCAUUUCUGAGCUCAGCCACUGAAGUGAGAGUGUGCUCCCCCAAGGGAGGCUUCUCUCCAUCAGGAUGGUACUUUGGGGUGAACAAAGUAGUCAGGGAUAUUGGUGCCCCUUUGAGGAGGUGCUGUUGUUUGCUUUUAGGUAUGAGUGCUCAGGGGCCCUCAUGGAAAGAGCCCAUGCCUGCCUUCCUCCCUUCAUCGCCUCCCUAGAGCCCCGAAAGUCAGACAGCAGCUGGAGUAGUUACAUUGUCAUCAUCUUUUUUUGGAGACAGUUUUGCUCUGUUGCCCAGGCUGCAGUGCAGUGGUGUGAUCUUGGCUUACUGCGACCUCUGGCUCCCAGGUUCAAGAGGUUCUCUUGCCUCAGCCUCCUAAGUAGUGGGAUUACAGGUGCCCACCGCUAAGCCCGGCUAAUUUUUUUUGAUAGUAGAAAUAGGGUUUCACCAUGUUGGCCAGGCUGGUCUCCAACUCCUGACCUCAAGUGAUCCACCUGCCUUGGCCUCCCAGAGUGCUGGGAUUAGUCAUCUUCUCUUGUUAAACCAGGAUUUGAUUUCUUUCUUCUUUUUUUUUUGAGACAGAGUCUGGCUCUGUCGCCCAGGCUGGAGUGCAGUGGCAUGAUCUCGGCUCACUGUAACCUCCGCCUCCCGGGUCAAGCGAUUCUCCUGCCUCAGCCUCCUCAGUAGCUGAGAUUACAG